CGCCGCCAUGAUGUUUCCUGUUUCUUUUCUGUCAUCGCAUUCCCAGACAAAAGAUCUGAGAUGGCCACUACUUCAUCGCACCUUAACUGGUUGAUCAUCCGCAACAACAAUGCUUUCUUGUUGAAGAAGCGUGAUAUCAAGAAACCGUUCUCCACUGAAGCUAAUAACUUGACCAAUGUCAGCUCUUACCGCUACAGUGGCCUCGUGCACAAGAAGACCCUCGGUGUUGUUCCCGCUGCCGACAAAAAGGGCUUCACUGUUGUCAUGAAGAAGGGUAAAUAUGCCCAACGUCCCGCCAAGAACACCGUCAAAGUAACCAUGAAGGCUGGUCCCAGAAGGUCUUUGAAGAAAUUGAGAAAUCUGUUGACCGACAACAAAUACCGCAAGGACCUGACUCAGGCUGCUUUGCGUCGUGCUUCUGCUGUGAUGCGCUCCCAAAAGGCCCCACAAGUCAAGAAGACCAAAAAACCAGAAUAAACUAAAACUGGAUUUGAAAUAACUUUUUAAAUAUAAAACGGAGGAAACAAACACCUAAAA